UUUACCUCGGAGCUCGGAACUCCGAAGUCGGGUUUAUCGUUCCAGUAUGAUCUCGGAAUUCGGAAGUCGGGUUUAUCGUUCCAGUAUGAUCUCGAAACUCGGAAUUACGACCUCCGAGUCGGAAAUAGCAAAUAUAACGCCCCUGCGAUUCGGAAUUCCGACUCGGGAGGUCGGGGGAAAAAAAGCACUACCCCGACUUCCGGGUCCGAGUUCCGAGUUCCGAGGUAAACUGGAACGCAGCGUGGAACGCAGCAUAACAUCCGGUAGCACAUGAGUUAUCAUGGCGGCGGCGGCGGCGGGCUCGGCUAAAAACAUGGUCGGCGGCUCGGACAACUCCUCCAGCGACAGCAGCGACGACGACGAGGCGCGGAGGAGAUGUCGGGAGGCGGUGUGGGAGACUCGAGCUGUGGCGCACAAAGAAGACAACACAGUGAAGCAGUCUAAACGUUUUGUUGUCGCCGAGCACGAACACGAUGGCAACGAGCUCCAGGUCACCCAAGGGUUUCGAACGCACGUCGCCAAGAAGUUGGGACAUCUUCUCGACAGUUACAUUUCAGAAACGCAAAUUAAAAAUUCAUCCUGUGUGGAAUCGGCAGGAUGUGAUGACGAUGACGAAGAAGGAUUUCGUCUGUUUUCUACAUCCGUCCCAGGACAGACAACCGAGGAGCCUCCAGUUCCUGUGAGGCGUCGGCCAGUUUACAGCUCAAGCGACAGCGACAGCGAGAUGGAAACGAGGCUGAGAGAGGCGGCGGUGUCCGUCAAAGAUCUCCUGCCCUCUUUGACACUGCCCUCUACAACCCCGCCUCCAUCAUCAGAGCCGCCCUGCUCGGGACAAGUAAAGGAAAAGGAAAUGAUUGCAGAGGGAGAAGAGGGGCAAGUUGUUAAGAAAAAGAAAAAGAAAAAGAGGAGACAGAAUCCAGAGGAGAGCGCGCAGGUGGACUGUGCACGCUGUCCUGUAAAAGCUCAAAGCAACGGUGAGCACGGGAAUGUGGAACAGGAACAAUUCAAAGCGAAACGGAAGAAGAAAAAGAAGCGACAAGGAAACACAAUGGACGAAGCCAUGAGCUGAAUGUCUUGUGACUAACCUUUUUUACUGUUAUAGGAUGUUUGUCUAUGUUCCACUCUAGUCCAUAUUCUGUCAAAGGCUUGAAAUGAUUGAGAACGGUGAGAUAUUUUUCAAAAUGUUUUAAUAUCAUUGCCCUUGUUAUUUUUGAAAUGGCCUUUACUUUGUUGUGUGAGAGACACAUUAUAGUGUGGGGGAAACACAUUUCGAGGCAGUAAGUGAAAACAUAAUGUGGGUAACAUGGUUUACAAGGUUCAAUUGAAUUUACCAUUUCUGCAUAUUACAAAACAUUUGAAUAAAAAAUACGCUUUGCCAUUGA